AUGUCAAUAGCACCAAUUAACAAUACUCUACCUGGCUAUGAUCAUUUAACAUUAAAAUCAAGAUUAGGCUUUUAUUUCGCAUAUGAGCAUCAUCAAAAUGAUUUCGAUUGGUUCGUUAAAGCAGAUGAUGAUACUUAUUUAAUAGUUGAAAAUUUAAAAUUAUUUUUAAGUAAACAAAACACAACUGAACCAAUUACAUUCGGCUAUAAUUUUAAGGUAAUAUUUAAUUAGAAUCUAAUUUAAACAACUGUAUGUUCUUAGAAAAAUUAAUGAAAUCUAUAGCUAUUGAUUAGGAUGAAAAAAGAAAUUACGUAAAAUUGAAGUUUGAAAAAUUCAAUGAAUUGACUUAUAAAUAGACAAAAAUACAGAGUUGAAUAUGAUUCAACUUGAAUUGCAUUAUAUCAUGAAAUUUACUAUUUGCAUUCACUGUCUUCAUAUAAAUAUGAGUUAUAAAAUCAAAUGGUAAUUAAGAAAAAGAAUGUGUAAUAACUGUUUGGUGUGAUGUAUACAAUAUCUUUUUCAAAACAUCACAUUUCUUGUAAUGAAUUCUGCAACGAAAGACAGAGAUAUAAUAUUACGUUUAUUAUGUCACUAUUCUUAUCAGAAAAUAAUAAAACCAUUCUUAAGCAUAGUAAAUUUAUUUUCAAGUAAGGUGCCGGCAAUGCGAAUUUCAAGUAAAAAUUUUUUUUUCGCAUUUCUUUUACAUCAUUUGAUAGAGCGUGAGCUGCUGAUCACGAAAACCUAAUUUUUAGCCUUAGCAAAUGGUUCCUUCCGGUCGAAAAAUACGAAAUACUAGAAAGAUGUCGAUUUUUGAAAAAAACACAUCAUUUCUCGAAAUGUGCAAAAUUUUCUACUUUGUUCUUUCUUUUUGCUUCUGAAAAUAAUUUUUUCAGAUUCAGUAUCAAAAACUGAAUAGGAAAAAGUUCUUAAAUCGACUCGAGACCGAAAACUCUAUUGGUGGCGGCGCUUCAAAUCGGGUCGAAUGUACCACGUAUAGGUCGAUUUUGUAAACCUAUCUAGUUUUUCUACGUAAGCAAUGUAGCCAAAUAUUUCAUCUCAUUCGACUCAUCGUACCACCAGGCAAAAAGUUACGUAUCCUUUUUUUUUUCUUUCCUUUCCUAUGUUGAGAAAUUUCGUAUUUUUCGACCGGAAGGAAUCAUUUGCUAAGGCUAAAAAUUAGGUUUUCGUGAUCAGCAGCUCGCGCUCUAUCAAAUGAUGUAAAAGAAAUGCGAAAAAAAAUUUUUACUU